AUGGCGCCGGCUAUGUCACGCAAAAAUCGAGUGUGGUCUCGGAGAGAAAUCGAGGGAUUGAUAGCAGAUGGGCAAAAAAUAAUCAUACUGGGUGAUCAGAUACUGAAGGUCGACGCGUGGCUACCCUAUCACCCAGGCGGCGAUAAAUCAAUAUUACACAUGGUUGGCCGGGAUGCAACGGACGAAGUAACAGCGUUGCACUCAAAGGAAGCACAGACACAUAUGCAGAAGUAUAUCAUAGGAAGAGUACAUGGAAGAUGGGAAAAUUUCUUACCUCCGAUACAGGGAGGGGUAUUCAGAACGCUGACCUCGAGGGACAUCGACGACGAAGUGCUAUCUGCCGAAGAUCUCACCUCAUCUGGAGGGUCGACACCACCAUCAGUCUUCGAUAAUGAUGAGACACGAGACGAAGUUCGUCUGAGGCGUGCAGGGAACGAUACCCCUAUUUCUCGAGUAUCAUCCUUAUCCCCAUCAGAGCCGGAGCUGGGACAAUUUAGAUCUGCGGAAGCAUCAACUGCACACGCGAUAUCAUCCGAUCUUUCGAAAUAUCCUCUGGAUAAAAGGUCCCAAGCUAAGAUCGCCAAAAAGUACCGCCAGCUCGACGAAAAACUGCAAUGUGAGGGACUUUACGACUGUCCAUAUGGCUCUUACGCCGUCGAAUUUGUCCGAUACUCGGUUCUUUUCACCCUCUUCUUGACAUGUCUUCACCAUUCCUACUUUGCUCUUUCGGGCUUUUUCCUCGGGUUACUCUGGCACCUGCUUGCAUUCACCGUCCACGACGCCGGUCAUCUAAGUAUAACCCAUGAAUUCCACACGGACAGUUGCAUCGGGAUUUUUGUCGCAGAUUUCCUUGGUGGUCUAUCAGUCGGCUGGUGGAAACGGAAUCACAACGUGCAUCACAUAGUAACUAACUCACCCGAGCACGAUCCGGACAUCCAGCACAUGCCAUUUUUCGCCAUCUCUUCUCGAUUCUUUACUUCCCUGCGCUCGAGCUACUACGACCGCGAUAUGAAUCUCGAUGCUGCAGCACGGUUCUUCAUCAAGUACCAGCAUUACCUUUACUAUCCCAUACUGUUAUUCGGUCGCUUCAACCUGUACCGCCUAGCAUGGUCAUACCUCCUAGACCCGGCGCAAGCACCUCGGAAAGGCGCAGCAUGGUGGCAUCGCUACCUUGAAAUGGCCGGCCAGGUGUUUUUCUGGUACUGGUACGGCUACCGCACGCUAUACCUCUCGAUCCCGACGUGGUCGUCCCGUAUCGUGUUUCUGCUCAUCUCACAUAUGGUCACCGCCUCGUUACACGUACAACUUACGCUGAGUCACUUCGCCAUGUCGAGCGCCGACCUGGGCACCCACGAGUCAUUUGCUCAGAAGAUGGUGCGGACGACGAUGGACGUCGAUUGCCCGCCGUGGUUGGACUUCGUGCAUGGCGGUCUCAAUUUCCAAGUCGUGCACCAUUUGUUCCCUCGUCUCCCAAGGCAUAACUUGCGCUGGGCACAGCCGUACGUGAAGGAGUUCUGCCACGACGUCGGGAUUCCAUACGUAGUAUUUGGUUUCACCCGGGGGAAUAAGGAAGUCAUUAGCAGACUGGGUGAGGUUGCCGAACAAUUGAGGGUGUUGGAGGAAUGCAGAAAGGUUGCUGCGAAGGAUUUGGUUGAGGGUCGCCAUAGUCAUUGA